AUGGACCAGGCAAUCCGACUCCUCGACGAGCAGAACAAUCGACCCGGCUUGACGACCGAUGCCGGGUUUGACGUUGACGUGGACGAGGAAGAUGUUCUCAAAGUGCCCGUUGUCCGGCGGUCGAGAUGGCGAACAGCUUGCGCCAGCUCGAUCAAUUUCCUCCGACACCUGCUCCCCAGCUAUCUCCACGCUCUCGACCACACGGCGCCACGAAAACUGCAUCCCACGGCCUACAUCGACGCGCUGCGCGGCUACGCGGCCGUCGCCGUCUUCGUGUACCACGCGUUCGGACUUCCCGACAUCUGGUUUCUCCAACUACCCAUCAUCCGAGUCUUGUUCGACGGCGGGUCCGGGAUGGUGGCCAUAUUCUUCGUCAUCUCCGGCUACGUGCUGAGCUACCGGAUGCUCAAGAUGAUCCGCAACCGAGAGGCGACGCGACUACACGGCUGUCUCGCCUCAUCGACGUUCCGGCGCUUCAUCCGCCUCUACGGGUCGACGGGGAUCGCCACGUUCAUCGCGGCCCUCAUGGUUUCGUUGCGCUGGUACAUCCCGUACGGAAUGAAUCCGCAGGACACGUUCCUCGAGCAGAUGUGGGACUGGUUCCAGGAUUUUGUGGCGUCCAGCGAUCCUUUCGCCGACAUCGAGGGCUGGGUGCACGACGGGGUGUUCCGGACGCGAUAUCUGGACCAGAUGUGGACGAUUCCGAUCGAAUACCGCGGCAGCAUUGUGCUGUUUGUCUUCUGCACGGCGUCGAGCAAACUAUCCACGGCGGCGAGGUGGACGUUUCUCUGGAUCGUCGUCGUGCUGUCCUACUACUGGCGCGCCGUCUACGUCGCCGAGUUUCUGUUUGGCAUGUUCAUCGCCGACCUGUCGCUCAGCCGCCAUCCGGAACGAUGGAGCGCCCCUCUGCCUCCGCGACUACCUGUGAGCGAGAGCGAGGGCGAGAACGAGGGUGGAAGCAGAAGCAUAAGUGGCCCAGUAACCCGCACGUCGGUUCAAAGUCCAAGUCUGGGUCUCGACGAAAAGCCACGCCUCCCGUCGCGCCGGCGCUGGCUUACCCGCGAGAGAGUCCUCGCCGCGCUGGCCAGCUUCGCCUCGCAUUUCGGCUACGUGGCGCUGCUGCUGCUCGGGCUCGUGCUCCUGGGCCAGCCUGACCAGCAACAUUCGCCGGACCUGGGCGCUCUCACAGGCCAAUUCCCCUGGCCCAUCAUCGCGUGGUGGAUCCCGCCUUGGUACGGCGACGCCGCGUACACGUUCUGGAUCAGCAUCGGCGCCUUUUUCGUCGUCUUGGCCAUCGACUCGUGUCCGAUGCUGCAGCGGCCGUUUGAGUGGCGCUUCUCCCAGUACCUGGGCGAUCUGUCGUUCGGCAUCUAUGCCAUGCACUGGCCUAUUGUCUAUGGCUUCUACCGGACCGUUGUCGAGCCCUGGAGGGCCACGCAUCUGGGCGAAUCGCAUCUCGCCCGUCUCCCGGGCGCCUUGCUUACUGCUGUGAUCGUCCUUUGGGCUGCGGACUAUUUCACCCGCUUGGAUAAACUGGUGGUCCGGUCGGCGCGGUGGGUUGAGAAGAAGACUUUCAUCAAAUGGGAAUGA